CGGAUAGGAAUAUACAAAACUCGAAUCCAAACAGCCCGAGUACAGCAGCGGAUAAGCCGAUACUGCAAAACUCUGCUUCCAGUGGCUGAGCGCCAACAUAGGUGCAAAAGAAAAGAACCACCACCGUUCUUCUUCAACCUCUGGAGCUUUUCCUUCUCAGAAAUGGCGGCAACUGCAAUUAUUAGUUGCUUCGCUCUUCCUUCUAAGUUCAGAAAUCUUUCCCUUAACGCUUCUUCCUCUUCUAUGCCCCUUUCCCCAUCUUCUUCGACCCUCAGAUCUCUCAGUUUCUCCUCCAACGUUUCAGUUUCCGCCUUCUCCAAUGGGUGCCUGUCUAUUAGUAAAGCUCAGAGGCCAUUUCGCUACUCCGUGGUCUGCGAGGCGGCUCCUAAGAAGGCUGAUUCUGCUGCAAAAAGGGCUCGGCAGGCUGAGAAAAGACGCGUUUAUAAUAAAGCCCGGAAGUCUGAAAUCAAAACCAGAAUGAAGAAGGUUAUGGAAGCUUUAGAUGAUCUGAAGAAGAAACCUGAAGCACAAUCAGAGGAAGUCCUUCCAAUUGAGAAGCUCAUUGCAGAAGCAUUCUCAGUGAUCGACAAAGCCGUGAAAGUGGGAACAUUGCACCGAAACACCGCAGCACGUCGAAAAUCUCGGCUCGCCAGAAGAAAGAAAGCUGUAGAAAUCCACCAUGGCUGGUACACCCCAGCUUCACCAGCAGCUGCCUAAUGCUCUACCCUACCCUCUUUGUCUUAAUGUUAAUGGGGCUGAGGAACUCUUCUUCUAUUUUUGUAUUUAGUUCGAACCUUCCUUCUUCUAUGUCUACAGUUGAGGUUUCACUUCUUUUUCAUCUGC